AUGUCUGGGCUUGGAGGAUGGAAGGAAGACAGCAGGUACAGGGGAGCUGCUGCCUCCAGUACCCCAUUUUCCUCUCAGAGUUACCCCUGGGAUGGCAAAAAUAAAACAGAGGAGGCUGAAAACCCACAGAAGCCGACAACAUCUGAAAAGGAGCAAAGCGGUCAAGUGUCAGUCUACCAACAACAAGAGCAGUAUGUCAACCCGUACGUCUUGAUAACUCCAAAUGAAACCAGAAGAAACCAGUUGCAGCAAAUUGCUAAGAAAGAGCUGGAUGACCUGGAGCGGUGGAAGGAAGAGCACAAGCCAGGGCCAAUUAAGUUGGUUCCACAGAGACUGGGUGGAAAGGAAUCAGAGGCCCAAGCAAGACAAAAACAGCAAAUGAUUCUCACGCAAUCUAAAUACCAACAAAAGCACAAGAGAGAAGAAUAUAUAAAAGCAAAAAAGGCAGCUGAAGAAGCUGAAAUCCUGAAAAAGAAAGCAAUUCAGAGAGAAAAGGCAGAGACACUUGAAAUUAAAAAAAGGCAACAAGAAAUGCGAAGAAGAGAGAUGUUCCUUGAGGAUCAAUAUUACAAAACCAAUGAAUUAUUGAACAGAUUGGACUUGGGUUUGCCAAAGAGUGAUUCCUGUCAGAUUGCUAAUCAUGGCCCAGAAUCUACAGCAUGGACUAGGAGCCGUACUUAUAAGCAAGUUCUCCGAGAGGAUGAAAACAGAAGAUUAGAGGAAAUGAAGCAAGAACAACGGAGGAAGGUAAUUAUACAUUAG